AGUGUCGCGAGGCCGCUGAGGAAGACUCUGAGGGCGGAACGCAACGAGGAGCCACCGGAAGCGGAAGCCCAGUACCGGGUUCUGGGCAGGGGAGCCUGGGAAGUAGUUGUGUGAUCUCGGGACCGGGGGCUUCGGGAAGAGUUGGGGGCUUCAAUGGAGACUUUUGUUGCGGGCGCUAAGUGCGACCUUCGAACUCUGGUUGGAGUAAUGCUACGCAUGUAUCUUGGAGUAUUCUGGAUGUUUGAUUAUGCAGAUUCCUUUGCUUACAACAGCGCCGUUUUGCAUUACUGAAGCCACAAGGCUAUGCGGACUGCAGCCUCUCCCCAGUACGCUUUCUACUUCUGGAGAAGUAUCAAAUGUUUUUGUUUGAGAAGACACCUGAAAUAGGAUCGAGGAAGAUAUAAAGGGUUUCUGGAGGUGGCUUUGGUCACUGCAGGGCCGCCAGGAUUUUGGCUCACUGGCUUCAUCUUCCUCUUGCCUAGUCUCAUUUUCUCAGCUCUCCCAAAGCCAUGUCUAGGCCCUCUGUCAUCACCUUUACCCCAGCCAGUGACCCCAGCGACCUCUGGAAAGAUGGGCAGCAGCAGUCACAGCCUGAAGAGCUGGAGCCUACUCUGGAUGGGGCAGCAGCCCGGGCUUUCUAUGAGGCCUUGAUUGGAGAUGAGAGCAGCACCCCUGAACCUCAGAGAUUGCAACCUGAGCCUGCCAGUGAGAGAAAAAGGAAGAAGAGAAGAAUGACGAGAGAAGCUGCAACAGGACCAUCAAGAGGACAUGGACAAAGGAGAUCCCUUGAGGCUGAGGACAAGAUGACUCAUUGGAUACUGAGGGCAGCCCAGGAGGGGGACUUGGCAGAACUAAAAAGGCUGCUGGAUCCCCAUGAGGCAGGGGGAGCUGGGGGGAAUAUCAAUGCUCGGGAUGCCUUCUGGUGGACCCCCCUGAUGUGUGCUGCCCGAGCAGGCCAGGGGGCAGCUGUGCGCUAUCUCCUGGGCCAGGGUGCUGCCUGGGUCGGGGUCUGUGAGCUGGGUGGCAGGGAUGCUGCUCAGCUGGCUGAAGAAGCAGGCUUCCCUGAGGUGGCCCGCAUGGUCAGAGAGAGCCAUGGAGAGAAGAGGAGUCCAGAGAACCGGUCCCAAGCCCCCUCCCCCCAGUACUGUGAGACCUGUGAUGCCCACUUCCAGGACUCUAACCACCGCACAUCUACUGCUCACCUGCUGUCACUGUCCCGGGACCUCCAGACCCCCAGUCUGCACCUCGGGGUGCCCAUCUCCAGCCCAGGCUUCAAGCUGCUGCUGAAGGGGGGGUGGGAGCCUGGAAUGGGGCUGGGACCCCGGGGCAAGGGCCGUGUCAACCCCAUCCCCACUGUCCUCAAGAGAGACCAGGAAGGAUUAGGGUACAGGUCAGCACCCCAAUCCCGAAUCACACACUUCCUGGCUCGGGAUACCCGGGCAGUGGCUGGGAGGGAGAGAGCCCCACAGGUGACCACACUGAGCAGGAAGGAGGAGAGAAGGCAGAAGGAGAAGGACAAGGCCUGGGAGCGGGAUCUGAGGACGUACAUGAACCUUGAGUUCUGAGCUUGGCAAGGUCUGACCCUGGUCUGCUGAAGUCUGAGCUGGGCACUUAGCUUCUACUUCCUGGAGUCUGCCCAGGUCCCAGACACUUGGAUUUUGGUCAGUAGGCCCUACCUUUGGGAGUGGAGCUGAGAAUUGAGAAAUAAAUCAACUUUACUUUUUGUUUA